UAACAGUUUUAGACAUUUUUCAUAAAUAUUGCAAAUGAAUAUCUUGUAAGAUUGUAAUAAAUAUUUUGUUUAAAGAUUGCUUGCACGAAGAUAUUAUCAUUCUGGAUUCCCAAAAGAGGACUUAUUUAGACAUCUACAAGAUGGAUUUGGCGGAGACAAUGAAGAAUGUGUUAGCAAAAAGCACUGGCAGUGCUAGUAGUGCGGCGAGCUCUUCCGGAGCCGCAACGCCGCACGGUGCAGAGGGAUACGUCACUGAGAAGCUAUACAUGCUUCUUCAAUUAUACUUGCAAAAUAAAGGCUGGAGUCCCAGUAUAGAGCUGUUGCAAUGUUUCAGUGACCUAAAAGAAUCUUCGAUGUUGCCCAGUGCUGCUUAUUUACAAAUGAUGGCAUCUAGAGUUGGAUUAGACACACAAGGAAGACUGAUACUGCGUGAAAAUGGGAAAAUAAUUUUACCAUAUGAACAUUUUGCUAAUGCGGUUAUGUUGAAGCAUAUGAAUGGCCCACAUGGGUUACAUUUAGGUUUGGAAGCCACAGUCAGGGCGGUUGUUGAAUCAUACACAAUAGGAAGAGAACAAUUUGGUAUGGAAAAAGAAUUUAUAAUAGAGGUGGUUCAGAAUUGUCCGAACCCUGCAUGUAGGUUUUACAAGAAUCAACUGGAGAUGUCACAAAAAUCAAUUCAUUUAUCUCAGCAGCCAACAUAUAUUCCAGACGCGGGCAGUUCGAGCCUGUCCGACAGCCAGGCGGUGGAGCGGCUGCUGCGCGGCUCGCUGCCACAGGACUACCAGCUGCCGUUGGCGCCGCACAUUGCCGCUCUCAGUGGUCUGACAGGGGAGAAGGCAGAGCGGCGGUCGCAGGAGAAGCUGUCGCAGCAUCAGCAGCUGCUGCUGCACCAGGGCCGCUCGCUGCACGCAGACAAGUACAGCCACACGCAGCGCUCCUCCGCCUCCUCCCAGUCCAGCCUCGACACCAAGUCCAAACAUCAUUACUCCGAUGAACAUAAACUGACAGAUUUCUUGAGGGCGAACUUGGAGAGCCUGGAGGGUCUGUCGGGUGCGGGGGGUGCGGCGGGCUCGGCGGGUGCUGGGGGCGCAGGUGGUGCAGGGGGUGCGGGGGGCGGGCAGGAGCGCGUGGUGCGCGCGUUCGCGGAGUUGGCGCGCAACCUGCAGCGCAUGCGGCCCUGCGUGCGCCCCGCCAUGUGCAAGCCCUACGGCAAGCAGAGCGAGCAGCUGCAAAAGAUCCUGCUGGACACUAUCCAGCUGGUGCAGUCGCUGCGCAGCUACCUGCCGCCGCCGCACAUACAGGUCACCUCAUGGAAGAACGACGACAAGCUGCGUUCUAAUAAUAUGGAGGAGCUGGAGAGCCGUAAGAUCGUGAGCGGCAACUAGCCCGCGGAGCACGCCGCGGCGGACUCGUAAGCUGUCGCCUGACACCUGUCACAUGUCACCCGACAUCUGUCACCUGUCGUCUGACACCUGUCACUUGUCGCCCAAGCGUAACAUACAAUGCAAAGUGAUGUUUUCUAGUAACUUUCAUUAUAAUUUUAAUACGGUGGCAGAGUAUACAAUAAUGUGUAUGAAACAGUACUAUUGGGUUAUAUUCGUGCAAUUUUUUCUAUAUAUAUUUGUAUGUUUUUGGAGAUAUCUUGCUCCGGCACAAACUAAAUGAUUUGUUUAUAUAUUUAUCCUGUUUAGUUGUUCGCGAUUGUCUAUGCUUUCUUGUUGAUUUUUUUUAUUUAGGAUGUAAAAACUAUCGGUUGAUGAUCUGAAUUCAGUUUUAUAUUAUUUAUCGUUAUAUACAGUUUACAUAUGCUUUUCUAUUGCUUUUAUUAUGGAAAGUAAUAUCAUUUAUAUGUAAUUUGUGUAAUGAUCCUAGUUAUUGUAACAGUUUACUAUCGUAAGUGCAUUAUUUACACUGUGAUAGAGGUGUAAUAGGUAGAUUGUAGGAGCAAAUUCUUGACAAAUAUUAUCUAUUAUUUCUUCUUAACUUUUGCUACUUAAAUAUAUCGUUUGAAUAUUUUCAAUCACGCGUGACAGGUCGCUAAUAAAAUGAAGAUCUUAAUUUGUUUUAAUUAAAAAGUAUAAAGAAUCAGUCUUGUACUGAAUUUUAUAUAUGAACUUUGUACAGUCAGGAGCUUUCGCGGUGCUUCACUUUCAGAGAAAUUGCCCUAACAAAAUAACCAAUGAGUUUCGCAAAUAAUGGCAUAAAAGUAAAAAGCAAUUAGUUGUGUACAACUUACCAAUUUCUUUUCAAUGCUUACGAAACGAUCUAACGGCUGUCGGUUUUAAAGUGAAAUACCGCGAGUUUCCCCGAUUGUACAUUGUCAUAAUUUUAAAUAUUCCGAAUAAGGUAUUCCUUCUGUUCAGCAUUGGUUAAGCAGUUUGAGGUCGGGCAUUUUUGAGUGAAAAGAAAGUAAUGUGACUUAACAUAGAUGUUAAGAUUUAAGAGUCUAGAAAAGAAAUUUGUUUAUAGUGCGACAAACUUAUCUGACCCGCUAAGAGGCGGUGCUAUCGCGGUUAUAUAUGUAAAAAAUAUUACAGUACAAUAAGUAUUCUAUGACACUUUUUUGACAUUCAUACUAGUGUUAGUGAACUAUUAUCGACGAACUGUUGAUGGACAACGAUUUCUGACCCGGUGGAUCGAACUAAAUGAUGCUCACUAGCGCCACCUUGUCGAUGUCAAAAAGUAUAAGUUCCUUGUUGUAUUGUAUUUUAAUGGCAUUUUUUUACCUAAGUAGGUUUUAUAUAUGCAAUGACAGAACUAACCGCGGUAGCAGCGCCACUAAUGGCCACCGGGUCAAAUAAGUUUGUCGUUGUCUAUGGGGUUGUAAUGGCCGCGUCUUGUCAUGAGGAAUAAAAUAAGGAAGAAAUGUUAAAGAAGACUGCAAGUUUUUGGUCGUAGAUGUUUGUGAAUAGUGUUAGGUACUGCGCGUGCAAACGAUGGUCUCUUAUAUACGUAUUUAAAUUAUUAAUUAGCAUACUGUAAAAUUACAUUUACAAUAGAUUUUUCGUCCGCAGUUUUCGUAGCUACGUGUUUUUUUUAUAGAAACUGUUUCUGUAUUUGAAAUGUUUAUAUUUUAUAAUAAUAAUUUAGUUUGUAUUUCACACAAUCUGCAUUCAUAAUUUUUGGAAGGCUAUAAUUGGCUUGUGUACUAAGUGAACGAUUCGGAUGAUAUUGAUUUUCUGGUGAUUUUACAAAGAUGAAAAAAACUACAGUAAUUAUUAAAAUAAUUUAAGAUUAAUUAUAUUUUUAGAAAUUUAUAUCAUCCGAAUUUGACAUAACGAUGAUAUCAAACACUAAACAAAAAAGCAAGAUGACACGCAAUAGACAAAAUCAUUGUCAGUAUUGAUAUUUUCAUAGUUCAAAAUUCAGUACUACAACAACACACAGAGACAUGAUGCUACUCUACAACACGUCGUGACGCGUCGUGACGUCACUGAAGACGCCAUGAUAGGUUAUCAUGUUUUCGCGGCAAAAAAUUUUCAAUCGUAUUUUUGUUUUAUAUUU